AUGUUUUCCCACACAGGGUGGUGGAUACAUGGAGUGAGCUGCCAGUGGUAGGGGCGGGUACAAUUGCGAUGUUUAAAAGACUCUUGGACAGGUUCAUGGAUAGGAAAGGUAUAGAGGGAUAUGGGGUAAAUACAGGCAAAUGGGAUAAGCGUAGAUAGGCAUCUAGGUCGGUGUGGACAAGUUGGGCUGAAGGGCCUGUUCCCAUGCUGUUUCUCUCUAUGAAUCUAUUGUUCUAAUUGCUGUUGUUGAGCUACAUUAACUUCCAUUUGUGUGUAAUGAGAUUGUGGAAUCAAUGGAAUGUGCUUGUGACUGUUUGCUAUUUCUUUGUGUGUUAACGAUGGAUCUGUGCUUAUGAAAGCCCCAGGUCUUAUGGUGUUGUCAGUGAUCUUUAGGAGACUGGUAUUGUGAAGUGGAAGGUCAUGAUCCGGCUCUGCAAUUGUAUCUAUUCCGGCUGUGGUAAGCAAUUACACAAUCUCUGUGUCUCAAAGUCAAAGUUGAUCGAGCUUAUUGUCAUCUGCACAAGUCCAUGUGUGCACAGGCACAAUGAAAAACUUACUUGCAGCAGCAUCACAGGCACAGAGCAUCAGAUAAGCAGCAAGAAUAAAUAUAAAUGAAACAUAAAUUAUUCUCAAUUUUUACAAGAAAGAACACAAUUAGAACCAAAAAAAAAACAAAGUCCAUUGUGGUACAAAGUGAUCAAAGUGGUCAUGGUGUUGCUGUACUGAGGUCGUGAUCAGGGGUGUGCCGGUUGGUUCAAGAAGCGAAUGGUUGAAGGGAAGUCGCUGUUCCUGAACCUGGUGGUGUGGGACUUCAGGCUUCUGUACCUCCUGCCCGAUGGGAGCUGCGAGAAGAUGGCACGGCCCGGACGGUGGGGAUCUUUGAUGAUGAUGGAUGAUGCCUUCUUGAGGCAGCGCCUCCUGUAGAUAUUCCUGAUGGUGGGGAGGGAUGUGCCCGUGAUGUACCGGGCUGAGUCCACUACACUCUGCAGCUUCUUGCAUUCCUGCGUGUUCAAUCUGCUGUCCUAGGCCGUGAUGCAACCAGUCAAGUUUUUGGGAGAAGACCUGGAAGAGGAAGGGAAGGAUGAAAUCUCUCGUCACCAAGCCUUAGUGUGGAUAGACUGAAAUCUUUGAAACCUGGACCAUCUGCUUUAAAAGCAACAACGUCAACUCUUUUACUUGUAGGAGUCCAGCAAACGGGGAGCAAUCAAUGGCAUCAGUUCCUCUGGGGAUUCACUUUCUAACUUCAUUUACACGGGACCAAUGCUACAGAACAUUCACACUAGUUCUGACCUUCCUGCUGUACACGGCCUAUCACCUGUCCCGGAAACCAAUCAGCAUUGUCAAGAGUGCAUUGCACAUGAAUUGUUCAAUGGCCAAUGAAAUUGAACUCUACAGCUACAAGGAGCAUUUGAUUCAAGCUCAGCUGCUGGGAAAGCCCUUUUCCAAUGACACGUGGUGUAGCUGGGCACCCUUCGAUAAAAGUAAUUACAAGCAGCUGCUGGGGGCGCUGGAUUACUCCUUCCUCUGUGCCUAUGCUGUUGGAAUGUACGCCAGCGGAAUAAUAGGAGAACGUUUAUCUAUCCGCUUGUACCUCACCUUUGGGAUGCUGGCCAGUGGAUUGUUCACUGCACUAUUUGGCAUGGGAUACUUCUACAACAUUCACAACUUGCAGUACUACAUAUUUAUUCAGAUCGCUAAUGGUUUGGUGCAGACAACGGGCUGGCCCAGCGUUGUGACCUGCAUUGGGAACUGGUUUGGAAAGGGAAAGAGAGGCUUGAUAAUGGGGAUCUGGAAUUCUCAUACCUCUGUGGGAAACAUCCUGGGCUCCUUGAUAGCUGCGCACUGGGUCUCCAACUGUUGGGGAAUGUCCUUUGUGGUGCCGGGCAUCAUUGUCGCUGCAAUGGGAGUGGUUUGCUUCCUGUUCCUGAUUGAACAUCCACAAGAUGUGAGGUGUGCCCUGACCCGAGCCCGAAAACCGUCCAAGUGCUUGAAUGGAUGGGACACGUUUAAACACAAGUGCCAGGUUUACCAAAAAAACAAAAGCAACACAGUUCCGGAUCCAGAGGAAGAAUGCUUUUUGAAGGAGAGUGAUGUCAGGAUUUCAACCAAGUCCAACGGUUUAGUGACCAGUCAUGUUGUUGCGGUCAGCAGUGAGAGAAGUCAUUCACCUGCAGCCAUCAGCUUCCUCGGAGCCUUGCGAAUCCCUGGGGUGGUGGAGUUUUCCUUGUGUCUGCUCUUCGCCAAGCUCGUCAGUUAUACGUUCCUCUUCUGGCUCCCAAUGUAUCUUGCCAACAAAGAGCACUUCGAUGCCAAAAAAGCCGGAGAUUUUUCGACACUCUUCGACGUAGGUGGAAUCAUAGGUGGAAUCCUUGCAGGGGUGAUAUCUGAUUGGACAAGGAAGAGGGCGACCACGUGUGGAGUGAUGUUGUUGCUGGCUGCGCCUACACUUUACAUAUUCUCCGCAGUUGGCUACAUGGGACUGAAAACCAUCAUCGUUAUGCUGAUUGGCUGCGGGGCAUUAGUGAAUGGACCAUAUGCGCUAAUCACGACUGCAGUAUCUGCUGAUUUGGGCACACACAAGAGCUUAGCAGGAAAUUCCAAAGCCUUGUCUACGGUGACUGCAAUCAUUGAUGGGACAGGCUCCAUAGGUGCUGCUUUAGGACCUUUGUUAGCUGGUCUCAUCUCUCCCACCGGUUGGAACAAUGUCUUUUACAUGUUGAUGGUGGCAGAUGCCUUUGCCUUGUUGUUGCUUUUGCGUCUUAUACUGAAGGAGCUUCGUAUUUUGGGGCCAAAGACGAUUGAGAUUGAGUUGAAGGAACACUGACGCCCCACCCUGAUGCACCGGUUUGACUGAUUCUGGGCCAAAUCCACAUUUCGCCCUGCUCUUGAAGAAGCAUAUUUGCACAGCAUUGGAACGUGAAAUGCUGUGUGAUCCAAUGCCUUAGACUACAGUCCGUCCUCACAUUCCAGCAUCGGGAUUGCAUUUUGUUUCAACUUCAUAGUGAAUUGUAUCUGCCACCUUGGUCACAUCUUGUUAGAUGAGCCUUCCACCUGACAUUUACAAACAAUAGGUGCCUUUAUAGUUUGUUAGAAAGCGACCUGCUUAUUUAUGAGGUGAGAGGUAUUUCUGCAGCUGCAGUUUGUAUGAAAGUAUAUUUUCUUGGGGGCCUUUAGGCUUUUGUGGGAUCCGGUGAAUUGUCCGCGAAGCACCGAGAACAAGGACCCGUCAGUCCACUGCAGGCAAGCAUUUUGUGUCCAGGAGCAGAAUGGCUUUGAAUCUCAUUGUUUUCCCACCCACUGGAGCCAAGUCCUUUUGAAUUAUUUGACAAUCGUUUUCGUAACAAAUACUGUUGUAAAAUAUGAAGACACCGGAGACAGCAGAUGCAGCAACCUGAAGCAAAAAACAAGCUGUUGGUGGGACUCAGCAGGUCGAGCAGCAUCUCAGAAUGGACAGCGAAGACUCUUUAUGUGUACUGGGAAAAUAAAACUAUUUGCACAUUCAGGGUCUUGAUCUGAAACGUCGACUGUCCAUUUCCCUCCUCAGAUGCUGCCCGACCCGCUGAGUUCCUCCAGCAGUUUGUUCUCUUGCUUAUAAGUUGUGAAGGUUGUCUGCAGGGCUUGCUACCACGAUGAAUGUUAAUGAUCUGCUGUUUUGCAGAUAGAACCAUAGAACAAUACAGCACAAUACAGGCCCUUCGGCCCACCGUGUCGUGCCGACCUUCAAACCACUCUCAAUACUAUCUAACCUCUUCCUCCCACAUGUCCCUCUAUCUUAAAUUCCUCCAUAUGCCUAUCUGACAAUCUCUUGAACUUGCCCAAGGUAUCAGCCUCCACCAUCUUCAACCAACUUCAGUGUUUGGAGUUAAACUGCAAGCUUUGAAUUCUUGGCAGCUGAAGUUGACGAGUAGGUUAGAUUAACCUCCUCCUGUGGCAUUGAGUCAUCCAGCCAGCACGUCGUUCCAUCCUGUCAAUGUGCGUGGUGCUUGUCCUUUUUGAAGAUUGUUGCAGCAGGUGUCUGCCCUUGGCUGACGGAAUGAAAAAGGAGCACAUUGGCUAAGAGCACGAGUAGGUCCCUUGGUCCCGGGAGUCGACCCUGUCAUUCAGUAAGGUCCCGGCCGAUUGUAACCUCACCUCUGCACUCCUGCCGACCACGGGUAACCUUUCACCCUUCUCAAGGACCAAGCCUGUGAUGGCAGAGGUGCAAUUCUGUCAAAAGUCAGGAGUUAGAGACGACAGGAUGGGUGG